AUGUCACAGGAAACGGCUGACGAGUUCAGCUUGGCAUUGGAUUUGGAAGCUCCCCCCAUUUACUACAACAAGGCAGACUACAUACAGACGGCCUCUGGCAACAAGGUCAGUCGCAACUCAGUUCUUUGCGGAUCGCAGAAUAUUUCUCUCGUGGGCAACUCCGUUGUGAAGCCGGGAGUCGUGCUGAGAGGCGACCUUCAGCUUCUCAAGAUAGGCAAGUUCGUGAUCAUUGGCGACGGCUGCGUGCUGCGGCCAUCUUACAAGAAGUACAAGGGGAAUAUCGCGUUUUUCCCUAUGAGCAUCGGGGACUACGUGACAAUUGGGCCGAAGAGCAUUGUUUGCGCUGCCCAGAUUGGUUCUUGUGUGGACAUUGGGGAAAACUGCGUCAUCUCGAAGCGGUGCAUACUCAAGGAUAACUCCAUGAUUCUCCCCAACACCAUCCUGCCGCCGGACACCAUCGUCCCUCCCCUUACUGUCUUUGGAGGCGUUCCUGGCAGGUAUUUGGGAGACAUACCCGAGUCGCAGCCCUUCGUGCAGAAAGAGCACGCCAUGACGGAGUACAGACGGUUCCGUCCUACAUCCAAAGGCGGAGGAGGUGCAACGCCAAAGGCAUCGACACCCAAAGCCAAAGCAGCGAAGAGCCCCGGCAGCGCGCCGGGCACUCCUGGCACUCCUGUGUCUCCAUAG